AUGCUGAUUUGCUACAAAAAUGUUAUUACCCUCAACGCGACAGUUUAUGGUUCCCUUGCAACUUCUCCGUCUGUGUUUACAAUAGCACCCUCGAACGCUCUUGCGCAGCGGUCUUUUGAAGCCGACUAUAAACGCACCGAAAUAAUAUUGGUGCACGAACGGACCAUAAACUCUGCCAGUAGACAUCCAGCUCGCUUCACUUUCCCCACCCAGCCAAACCCACUGUCAUCAUCACCACCGCCAACAACAAUUCCGCCACCUCCUCAACUGAUUAUUAUAGCGCUUCCGAUCAUUUCAGUCUCCGCUCACGACUAA